AUGACCUUGGAUGUAAUUGAUGAGUGGCUCCUCUCUGAAAGAUAUUACCAGCACCCGGACCAUUCUCAAAGCAGGAUAGAUGAUAUUGUGGCCAUGGUAAAGAAGCAGCAAGCAUGUUUUUGGGUUGCGGAGGAGAUUGAUCUCUAUCAGGAUUUAGCUGAUUGGGAGGGUUUGAAGGACGAUGAGCGACAUUUUAUAAGUUACGUGCUGGCAUUCUUUGCUGCUAGUGAUGGAAUAGUUCUGGAGAAUUUGGCAGGCCGCUUCUUGCGUGAAAUUCACAUACCGGAAGUGCGCUCGUUCUAUUCCUUCCAAAUUGCAAUGGAAAACGUCCACAGCGAGACUUAUUCGUUAUUGAUAGAUGUGUAUUUAAAGGGGAACGAGGCGGAAAAGAGCAGACUGUUCAACGCCAUCCAGAGCGUGGAGGCCGUGAAGCGGAAGGCGGAGUGGGCAGUCAAGUGGAUGAAUCACAAGAACACUUUUGCCGAACGACUACUAGGAUUUUGCGCAGUCGAAGGCAUCUUAUUUUCUGGCUCUUUUUGCGCCAUCUUCUGGUUCAAGAAACGUGGACUCUUGCCCGGCCUCACCUUCAGCAACGAACUCAUUUCAAGGGACGAGGGCCUCCACACCGACUUUGGGGCCCUCCUAUACACCCAACUAGGCCCGCAACGACUCAGCCAAUCCCGCGCACACAACAUCAUCGACGAAGCCCUUCAAGUCGAAAAAUACUUCAUUCUACAAGCACUGCCCGUCGACCUCAUCGGAAUGAACGGCGUACUCAUGGCCCAAUACCUAGAAUACGUGGCAGAUCGACUUCUCCAAUGUCUGGGUUACGGAAAACUAUACAACACUACCAACCCCUUCGACUGGAUGGAGAUGAUCUCAGUUCAAGGAAAAACCAACUUCUUCGAAAAAAGAGUUGGAGACUACCAGCAACCCGGCACACUAGCCAACAAGGAAGAACAAAACUUCAGCCUGGACACCGACUUCUAA